UGUAUAUAACAAGCUCUGAGUCAGCAGCCUCCCCUUUCAUUCUAACAGCAGUCACAACAGUUAUCUCUCAUUUCAUCAGAGAGAGAGAGAGAGCGAGCCAUGUGUGGAAUACUAGCUGUUUUUGGUUGCAUUGAUAACUCUCAGGCCAAGCGUUCCCGAAUCAUCGAACUUUCCAGAAGAUUACGCCACAGAGGACCUGAUUGGAGUGGAUUGCAUAGCCAUGAUGACUGUUAUCUUGCUCAUCAACGGUUGGCAAUAGUAGACCCAACUUCUGGAGAUCAGCCACUUUACAACGAGGACAAGACCAUUGUUGUCGCGGUUAACGGGGAGAUAUAUAACCAUAGAGACUUACGGGAAAAGCUGAAGUCCCACCAGUUUCGAACUGGCAGUGACUGUGAAGUUAUUGCACAUCUUUAUGAAGACUAUGGAGAAGACUUCGUUCACAUGUUGGAUGGAAUGUUCUCCUUUGUGCUUCUUGACACCCGUGAUAAAAGUUUCAUUGCUGCUCGGGAUGCAAUUGGCAUUACACCCCUUUAUAUGGGAUGGGGUCUUGAUGGGUCUGUAUGGUUUUCUUCAGAGAUGAAAGCCUUAAGUGAUGACUGUGAACGAUUUGUUAGUUUCCUUCCCGGUCACAUUUAUUCAAGCAAAAAUGGAGGACUCAGAAGAUGGUACAACCCACCAUGGUACUCAGAAACCAUUCCUUCUACUCCAUAUGAUCACCUUGUCUUACGGAAAGCUUUUGAGAAGGCUGUAGUCAAGCGACUUAUGACGGAUGUACCAUUUGGUGUGCUUCUCUCAGGUGGACUAGAUUCUUCACUUGUUGCUGCAGUGGCCAACCGUUAUUUGGCUGAUACUGAAGCUGCGCGACAAUGGGGAUCACAGUUGCAUACCUUUUGCGUAGGCUUGAAG